AAUGCUCUCAUCACAUCUUUCUUUUUGAAAGCAGCUCUCUCCCUUUAAGUACACAAGGAAACAUCUGUCACAACAAUUACAUUAUUUGAAACGUCAAGUCAUUUACUGUGGAAACUGUAAGAAUAGUUAGUAGUGGUGUUUGAAUUCUUAUUUAAAAAAAUCAUGAACGGAAGUUCUUUUGGGACCAGAGUGCGAAUGCAGCAGUAUUGGCAGAAUUUUGCCCCCUCCCUUGAGAGCAUGAUGCUAGACAAGACAGCGUCCAUCAUUCAUAUUGAUGAGCAAGCUGAAAUAGCUGGUCUACUCCCUAGUCUUGAAAACAAACGGGUGCUUGAAUUAGGCGCCGGAAUAGGGAGAUAUACUGGGUUAUUAGCUUCUGAAGCUCACCAUGUAACGGCAGUGGACUUCAUGGAAGAUUAUAUAUCAGUUAAUCAAAAAAACCAUGGGCAUUUAGACAAUAUUACUUAUAUUGCUGCCGACGUAUUGGACCUAGAGCUACCUGCUAAAAAAUUUGGGGUUAUAUUCAGCAAUUGGUUGUUUAUGUAUCUAACUGAUCAAGAAUGUGUAUCAUUACUACAAAGAAUUCUAAGAUGGUUAGACGAUGGUGGUUGGCUCUUUUUUCGUGAAUCCUGUUUCCAUUCUUCAGGCAACAUGAGCCGUUCAACAAAUCCCACCUUUUACAGAACGCCUGAAGAUUACGCUAGUCUGUUAGAAUCUGCCUGGUUAUCUAACAGUGAUUCUAUUUUGGAACCAUCUGAAGACGGUCAUGGUUUCAAAAUCAUUAGCGUUGGUUCUCUGAGAUCCUAUAUAAAGCACAAAAACAAUUCUUAUCAAAUAUACUUCUUGGCCAAAAAAAUUGAUAAAGAGAUGAAUUCCAAAAGCAAUGACAAUUUUCAAAAUUUCCUGGACAACAAGCAAUACAGCAGAAAUGGAGUCAGGCGAUAUGAAUGGAUUUUUGGUAAAACUUUCUUGAGCACUGGUGGAGAAUCCACUACAGGGAAAUAUAUAGAACGUCUAGACUUGAAGCCUGGACAAAAGGUACUAGAUGUAGGAUGUGGCAUUGGAGGUCAUAGUUUCUAUAUGGCAGAAAAAUAUGACGUUGAAGUUUUAGGAGUUGACUUAUCCGUGAACAUGAUGACAGUAGCAACAGAAUAUCUUUCCGAAAGACCACACCUUGAUAAAAAGGUGAAGUUCGUCAUAUGUGAUAUCACAAAAUCCGUGUAUGAUGAUGCUUCCUUCGAUACCAUAUACAGCAGGGAUACUCUUCUCCACAUUCCAAACAAGGAAGAAUUAUUCCGAAAUUUCGAAAAAUGGCUGAAGCCUGGUGGAAAAAUUCUUUUCACAGAUUACAGCAGAAGUGACAAGGAAGUUUCACCGAAUUUCGAACAAUACAUCAAAGACAGAGGAUACAAUUUACUUACUUUGCAACAGUAUAAAGAAUUACUGGAAAACUGUGGUUUUGUGAAUGUUAAAGCAGAGGAUGCAACAGAAGAAUUUCUGAGGGCAUUACAAGAAGAAUUAAAUAAACUGCAAAAUGGAAAAGAAGAUUUCUUGAAAGAAUUUUCCGAGGAGGAUUACAAAUAUUUAGAAGAAAACUGGAUUGCAAAAAUCAAGAGAGUUGAAGAAGGAAAUCAAACAUGGACAGCAUGUUAUGCAGAAAAACGACAAGCAUGAAGUGUUGAUCAAAUAAUAUAAUGUGCGCAGCUCUUUCAAAAAUAAAAUUUUAAAAGUAUAUCUGAAAAACAAA